CGCCCGAAACCUUGCCGCACAUGACAAAUGUCAGUGGUAUGGCCUGCAGUUUUCAGGGCUUGUGAAAAUUCAGUAAAAAAGUGCAUUAAGUAGCAUUGUGUUCAAAACUGUAGUGUAGUGAACGUUGCUUUUGUUGUUUCAUCGUACAUACUGAUUAUUUCGUGUUUAGUCGCGGUGGCGCGUCGUCGGGCAUGCGCCUCGGCGUAGCAUGAGCGGUGCGCGCGCGCACGAGCCCCGCGACCCGCCGCGCCAGCACCGCUCCCACCACCCCCACCAGGGUGGCGAGCGGCGCGCGCGCAGGCGAUCCGGCGAACCGGUGCUCGACCGCGGCGCGCAAUCCGACCCGGACCUCCAGAGCCGGCUGCAGCCGGACCUCUCUUCAUAUUGGGGCUCGGCGGAUUCAAACUACUCGCAACCAUCCUCGGAGCUGUCGCUCGACGAAGAUAAAGAGGCUUCGCGCCGCGAGAAGGAGUCGCUGGCUCUCGUACAGCUUGAUAAGGCUCGAUCGAAACCAGUAGCGUUUGCAGUCCGGACCAAUGUCGCGUAUGAUGGCACGGUGGACGACGACUCGCCCGUUCACGGCAGCGCCAUCUCGUUUGAAGUGCGCGACUACCUUCACAUCAAGGAGAAGUACGACAAUAAUUGGUGGAUCGGGAGGCUCGUGAAGGAGGGUUGCGACGUCGGCUUCAUCCCGUCGCCGGUGAAGUUGGAGGCGGUGCGCGCGGGGCUCACGGCACGCGGCCGGUACCCGCGCCCGCCGUCCGCCGGCCUGCCGCCGCAGCCGCUCCCCAGCCGAGGUAGCACUCCCCCCACGCCCGAUAUCCCUACCAUCGAUAGAGGUGAGGAUUCAGAUUCCGCAGGCCGUGGUCGAGGCGCAGGCGCCUUGCCCGCCAACAAGGAGAAACGGAAACCAUUCUUCAAAAAGCAGGAAGCCUGCACGCCCUACGACGUGGUGCCGUCCAUGCGGCCCGUCGUGCUCGUCGGCCCCUCGCUCAAAGGCUACGAGGUGACGGAUAUGAUGCAAAAGGCGCUGUUCGACUUUCUGAAAAGACGCUUCGAGGGCAGGAUAAUAAUAACACGUGUGAUGGCGGACAUAUCGCUAGCGAAGCGGUCGCUUCUGAACAACGCCUCGAAGCGAGCUAUCGUGGAGCGCUCCAACUCGCGUUCCACUUGCCUCGUGGAAGUUCAGACGGAAAUCGAAAGGAUAUUCGAUUUAGCGAGGACGCUGCAGCUGGUUGUGCUGGACUGCGAUACCAUCAACCAUCCAUCUCAGCUCGCGAAGACCUCACUGGCUCCUACGAUCGUCUAUUUGAAAAUAUCCAGUCCGAAGGUGUUGCAGCGGUUAAUAAAAUCCCGCGGUAAAGGUCAGAGCAAGAACCUGUCCGUGCAGAUGGUGGCCGCAGAGAAGCUGUCGCAGUGUCCGCCGGAAAUGUUCGACGUCAUCCUCGACGAGAACCAGCUAGAGGAGGCCUGCGAACACAUCGCUGAGUAUUUGGAGGCGUACUGGGCGGCGACGCACCCGCCGCAGCCCGCGCCCAGCGCGCACGCGCCGCACGCGCCGCUGCCGCACGCGCACGCGCACUCGCACGCGCACCACGCGCAGCCUGAACCCCCCGCAAAUUCCGGAGGACACCGGGAGAGGUCCGACUCUUACAGCUACGAGAGAGGAAGAGGUAGAGCGCGCGUGCAACGCCCGGAGCGACUCGAGGAGGAGGAAUAUUACCCUCGCGAGCACUACCAGCGCUACCCGCGGGACUACCCGCGGGAAUACCACGAGGGCUACUCGUCGGAGUACGCGCACGACCCGUACGAGCGCGAGCGCGAGGCGUACGGCCACGACUACACGCGGGAGUACGGGCGGGAGUACGCGCGCGAGGCGUACCCGCGGGAGGAGCGCGGCGCGCGCACGCGCGAGCGCGACGCGUCGGACGAGUACGGCGCGUCGCGGCGCGCGCUCAACGCGGUGUAGCUCCGCGUGCGCGUCGGCCCGCCCGCUCCGCAUUGUAUCUCUACCGCCGUGUCUUACAUUCACGCUUCGACUUAUAUUACCUUUCGACGCCAGCGAAACUAGUGAGAGGUCGAUGCCGCGUCCAUG